AUGAGGGAUGAAUAUCUUCAGUAUUGGUGUAGUUUUUAGAUAAUUCACGAGGACUUCUGAUAAAACACAGCCUUUUUUUCCCACCCAGUUGUAUGACUUUAAUGUUUUGACUCUAAACUUUUUCAGGGGAGGAUGGUGUAGAAAUGGUAUCUUUGUCAGCUGAGUCAUUUCAUUAGGUCUCUUAAAAUGAACUGCUGUGCUUGAUACCUGGAGUUAGACAAAACAACUAGCUUUAAAAUUUCAGUUUCUAAAAGGAAAGCACAAUCUUCCUGGGUUAAAAGGUACCAUGUCCUCCUGUCCUUCCCUGGUUGCAUGGUGUUUCAAAGGGUCUUGUUUUUAAGACUGAUUGGGAGCUUUUCAACCAGGAGAAAAACAAACUAAUUGCUCUUACGGUUACAUGAGAUCCUCAAAGACUGGGUGAGCCAGAGCUCUUUGAGCUGGAUUUAUUUCUUCUGGCUGAUGAGGAUACUAGACAGAGGCUUUCCUGCCAGUCAGCAUUUAAUUGGAAGAAGUGUCAGUUUGACUGAAUUUGCUGCAGGAGGAGUGUGAGCGAUGGGGUGAGGCAGAGGGCUCUGAGGAGGCUGGGAAUCGACGCUGUGCCGCCAGGAGCCAUCUGUAGAGAUGCUUCAUGGCCGUGCAGGCAAGGCUGUGGAUGUUUUUGUAUGUGUAGGGGAAGCUAAAAAUAAACAGGAGGGAAAAUGGUCUCUUAAUCAUUAGGGUGUGUUGUUUAUUGUUGCUGUUUUAAAGCAGUAAAAGACAGCAUUAUUUCAGCUUGUUUGAAGGAGUUCAGGAGAGCAGUAGGACACAGAAAAAGGCUGCCAGUUCUCCAUACACAGCAUGGGUAAAUGUCUCAGCCUGCCCAAAGGGAGCUUUCCCCUUUAUGGAGCAAGCCAUGAGUCCAGCACUUAGGAUGUGCCGUGCACUGUGCUUUCAGACAUGAUUCCUCUUAUACAGCGCAGUCAUGGUUUUCAAAGGUGGGGCUGGAGGCAUUUAUUAGUCUCUGCUCUUUGGGAGAGAGAAAGGGAGAUGGUCUUUAAUCCAAACCAAACUUGAAGCCGGUGGCACAGCUGAUUUGAACGGGCUUGCUCGGUCCUGCAAGCCUUGCUUCUCCGUGCUGUGUAUUCUGGAGUGCCAUCUGCUGGCUGUUGCUCUGUUUAGCUAUGUUUUCAAGAAGCAGCUGCUCUAGGAGAUUAGAGCUCACACCAAAGCUCGGGGGUGUUAGUAAUAAUAACAGCAUUAACUAUUUGUAUUGAUGCCUACGUUGUUUUUUUUUAAUUGUCAUAGCACUUAAGUACCCAAUAUAUUGGCAAGGACUUCACCCUGACAGGUGCUCUGCAAACUCAGUGUGAAAGAACCCAGCACAAGUUCCACUGCAUAAAAAAAAUACAGAACACUGUAUGAAGGAGUGGUUUAAAGUUCAGAGAAUGAUUUUCCCAGUAGAUGCUGCUUUUUGGCAAAACACGAGACAUAAAAAAGAGCACGUGUUUGAUUUCUAAAGGAGUAAUCAUUAGAAUGAAGGCACUUGACAAAUGAAGUUACUUAAGCAAAAGUUAGGACAGUGCUGACCCAACUGUAAAAAGUAACAGUGAUGUCAGUGAACUAAAUAAAUUGGAAAUUCUUUUGGCUAGAAAGCAAGGGAUGUUGUACUUUGUGGCACAGCGCAAACCUGGGUCCAGAGUAAAGUAUUUUUCAUCCUAAAUGUGACUUGAUUCCAUAAUAGAGAAGAGAGAUGUCUCGCAUCUGCUUUGUCACAUUGAUUUUCAGUCUUACACUUCAACUGGUGUAAGUUGCAUGGUUCCUGUGGCAUUGCUUUGGCUGUAGGCAUUGAUAUUUCCAGUGCUUCAUAAUCACUGUAAGGCACGCAGGAAUUAUUUUAACAAAAUAGAAUUAAGAUCUGAACUGAAUGGAAUUAACUUUAAUUCUGUGUAGAUAGCUCCAAUUCUGUAUCACAUCUCCAGUGCUGCACUUCACAGUGUGACGAAACAGACUUUUGGCCUUUCCUCCUUUCCUCCUUUCUUCCAGCAGUCUAAGUGGCACCUUUUUGGCUGGAAGUGCUGUUCUGUGUGAUGCUAUGUGUAAUAUGUGUUGGAUGUAUGUGGUGAAGCUUCUCUGAUACGUGUUCAUAAGCUGUUAGUGACUUUUGGGGAUGUGUUUUUGAGACUUGUGGGAUGAGUGUGACUCUGAACUGCCUGCCUUUCUGAAUCAAGAUCCUUUAGCUCUUCUACAAGAAACACCUCUAAAACCAGUAAUCCCAUCAAACAGAGAAGCCUUCAGGCUUUAAUCACAUCAGGGAAUGUGACUUAUAUGAUUAAAAUGCCCCAUGUUGUGAUUUUUUAUUUUUGAGCCAGGAUGAAUGAUUCUUUGCAAAUGUGCAGCUAUGAAACUACUGCUUAAUAGUUGGGUGUAUUUAUCAUUAGCAUUCCCUAGGCUGUGAAGGAAGAAGAAAACACGGUGUAUUGUCUGACUUAGACAUUUGCAUUCAGCAGUAGGGUGGUGAGAGUAAAUGGUACUUCUGUCUCAUUCAGUCUCUGACAACAGCAAGAAAAUGUUAUUCCAGAGUCGGUGCAAAAAGCUUUGUUUGCCCUUUGCUUUACCCAGGUAAAAUUUUUUUCCUAUGAAGGAAAACAGUCAAACUGAAAUGAAAGCUGAAAUGAGUUGACAUUUUAAUGGAAAUUACUGUUUUUGCCCAGGGAGAAAGUAUUUGCUUAAUUUGAUCUGAAACCACCAAUGUAUUUGUUUAAUUUGAAACUGCAUUUUUUAGUUAGCUGUAACUCAGAGUCUGAGUCCCAGGGAAUCACGAGACUGGUUUGCAAGAUAGAGACUGAAGUUCUGGGUGUUCUGGCUAAUCAGAGUCUGAGGCUUCUGAAGCUGAUGUUUUCAAGCUUUUCGCUGAAUACUGAGCUGAUUGUUGAUAAUCAUGAGCCUAAGGGACUCGGUGUUGCUCUGUACAAUCAGGAUUGUGAUUGUGAUGAAGUCUUGAGCAUUAGCAAUGUUGUGCUCAUUAUCUUCUCAAAGCUUGUUCUGCUUGUUCUCAAAGAUAAUUCUGCAGAAUUAGGCCUUAGAUUAAGCAGCAAAGCAGUUUGCUUCAUUUUGAUUUUUUGUUCUAAGGUAGCGUAACACCGUCCUUUCUCAGCAUCUGCACUCCUUCAUGCAGUGAAUGCUGUAUACUGUUAGAUAAGUGCUGCCAAGUGGAGUGUUUUUCACACCAGGGUGUUUCUAAAGCAGCCAGACUUUGACUGGCAGAAGUAUGAUGGGUGAUGUCUAGCCCGAACUUUGAAACUCGCCGUAAAGAAUGAAAUACAACCUGACAGAGCUUGGCAGGUCUGAUAAACUCCUCGCAGCUACAGAAGGUGAGUGGCUGUUAGGAUUGAAUACCUACCAUCUCUGUGAAAGAAAGCAAAGAUUUUGAGUAACAUGAGCAAGAAGAGUUUAUUUUCCCGUGCCUGAGCAUUUGAGUGGCUGAUGGCCAGUCUCCAUUAUGGCAGAACUGUCAGAGCUGAGAGGCUGGCAGCUCUGCAGCUUUGUGCUCAGUCUCUGGGGAGCUGUAAUUUAUCUUGGCCCACCUGAGAGGGUUGUGUGACAUGCCAGUGCAGGCCCAGUUGCUGCUUGAGUUACGGUUGUUGGCCUCUAGGGUACCUUAGUGCUUAGCUGCAAGGUGACUCAUCUUGCAAACUGUGCUGGUUCACAUGAGGCAAUCCAGAUUCUCUCACCUUAUUCUAGGCUUCAUCCUAGAAGACCAUUCACGGAAAUCAUCUUUUUCCCACAGCCAUGCCCAUGUCUACUGGCAUGAAUGGGAGAUCCAGGAACCCUUCCUGGCAUUGGUUUGUUUCCUCCCUUAUAGUCAGAAAUAAUCCCUGGUGGGACCAGGGCUUUGAAUCUUUACAUGCAACCAGUCAGGUUAGUUGCAGCUGUUCUAGGAAGAUUGGGUUGUGUUUUGCCAGGUUGCCCAUUUUCGGGGUGGUAAAGGAGGAGUGAAGGCUUCUGCCACUUAGAGAUUUAGUGAUCUGCCUGUGGCUGCUGACACCAGUUCUCUGUAUUACUUAUGCUGAUGGAUAGCGUGGUAAAUAUGUAAAUGUACGACUGACCUCAAGAGCGUUUGUCAUCCCAUUAACUUCAGUGGCUAAUGUCAGAUUAUUCACUUCAUUACUUGGCUGCUCCAGACCUCGUGGAGUGUUUGUACUUAUAGGUAGAACAUGCAGUUGGGAAACGGUUGGAAAAAGUUAUUUAUUCUCUUUAGUAUGCCAGAUCUUUUAGGGAGGAUUUUACUCUUGUAAGGUCCUGAUAUAUACAAGGAAAAUAGAUCACCUAGAAAUAGGAAGCCAUGAAUAUGUAUGCUACUUGGGCUUGGCCUACCUUUGCUUGUGAUCUGCAUUUGCAGUGAGCGUUGGACUGUUCCCAAAACUCAGGCAGUGAAUGUGGUAUUAAUAUUAUUAGCUGCCAGGAGUGCUACGGGGUGAAUGAUUAGUUUCCAAUAAGCUUUUGGAUUGGUUCCAGUUCCUUUUGGUGUAGUCUGCAAACUAGAAUGACCAGUGCAGUGACCUGGGAUAGUUGUAGCACUUAUCAGAGGCUGUGAAUGCGUGAAGAUCACAAUUUGUCUGCAUUAGGAAAUGGCAUUUUGUGGGUGACCUUGAGGAGCCAUGCUAGCUGGUUAUCGGCUGCUCUCUUGUGAAGAAGAUAAGCUCUUGGAAGUCAUUCUUCUGUGUUAUGACAUCUGCUGAACCUUUUCUCUUGAUAAACAGGGGACUUUACUCCCUUGCUCAGUAAAUUUCAGGAGAAAGGUAAAAAGGUAUAAAGCUCCCCUCUCAGUGCUGUCUCCCUUAAACCUUCCUCUGUUUCUUUGGGGUCUGUAGGACAGAAAAGAUCUUUAUUAUUAUGAGGCUUUUAAUGCGAUGUUUUCCAAUUGCUUAAUCCCAUCCUUUUCAAUGUACAAGGGUGUAUUGUUUUGAUUCCCUUAGAUCUCUUGCUUUUUUUCUGUUAUUUGCUGAAGCAAAGGAAGAAACCUCCCCUACCCACACCCUCACAAAACACAGUCCAGCCCAGCCCUGGGGAGCAGUGCCAUGGCUGGGGCUACUGAGCAGUGUGGGUCUGAGCAUCGCUUUCUCAGGAAGUCACACUUUGUGGGUCCUGUGUAUGAGACAGAAACACAGAGCAGAGUUGCUUGAGGUGCUGAAGGGCUGGAGGUUUCCCUGCGCUUUUCCCAGCCUUCUUGAGAAGAAGCAGUUGAAGGUGUCUGUGGGACACUGUGUCCAGACCCCCACCAGGCUGGCAGUGCCUCGCUGCGCCUUGCUGGCCACCAUGGAGACGCUGUCCCAGGACUCCCUGCUGGAGUGCCAGAUUUGCUUCAACUACUACAGCCCGCGCAGGCGGCCCAAGCUGCUGGACUGCAAGCACACGUGCUGCUCGGUGUGCCUGCAGCAGAUGAGGACCAGCCAGAAGGACCUGCGGUGUCCCUGGUGCCGUGGUAUCACCAAGCUGCCGCCGGGCUACUCUGUGUCACAGCUGCCUGAUGACCCCGAGGUGAUCGCCGUCAUCGCCAUCCCCCACACCUCUGAGCACACCCCUGUCUUCAUCAAACUCCCCAGCAACGGGUGCUACAUGCUGCCCCUGCCCCUCUCCAAGGAGAGGGCUAUGCUGCCGGGAGACGUCGGCUGUCGCCUCCUGCCUGGCAGCCAGCAGAAGUCCCUGGCGGUGGUGACGAUCCCGGCCGAGCAGCAGCCGCUGCAGGGUGGCCUUCCUGCUGAGGCAGGUGCGGAGGAGCCUGACCGCAGAGGCGUGGUGAAAAGCUCCACCUGGUCGGGGGUUUGCACUGUGAUCCUGGUGGCCUGCGUCUUGGUCUUUCUCCUGGGCAUCGUCCUCCACAACAUGUCAUGCAUUUCCAAGCGCUUCACGGUGAUCUCAUGCGGCUGAGGGGUGUGGGGCUGCCCCGGGGUUGCUCACCCAGGGGUUGGGUUGGUGGUGGUGGUGGUAUCGAGUGAGACAAUUCACCGAAACUUUGGCCGAUGACUGCAGGACACUUUGUUCCCAGAUGGUGGUGCACCAGCCUGGCCACAGCCCUCGGCACCAGUGGAGAAACCUAUGUCCAGUGUCUGAUGGUAACGGCAAUGAGAAGGACUGCAUGCGUCACCAUAAUCAUUUAUCAAGGGGACUGUAAUUUAUGGCAGUUUUUAUUGUGUUAUGAGAUUAAAGACAUCUGUGUAGCUGGUUGUACUCUUAAAGUAUGCAGUAUGAGCUCUUCUCUAACCGCGGUAGCUCAAAAUCAGAACUGCUCCAUGUAGAAUUGAAGGAGAACUGGCCUGUGACUCAGUGAAAAGUGUUCGAUACCAACCCACAUGUGUUAUUUUUUAACUGGGGGGAAGGGGAGACUUGUAAAACAGAAAUCAUUUAGUUGGUAAGACAUUUUCUAUGUUUUAAGCUGCACAUUAAUUAAACUAAGUUAGGAGGUUGUACAAUAGUUUUUAAAAGGAAACAUUUUACAAGCAAUUGUUUGGUUCUGUGGUAUGUGGUUUUUUGCCUGUGUCUGAUUUUCCCCACUGUUUACGGCUGUGGGGAAGUGACACUUAAGAAUCUUCUAUUUGAAGGAGGUUCUGAGCAGGGAAGCAAAGUGAGCCUAGGAGGAAUACUUAGCAAUGCAGCCAAACAUUUCUGCCUAACACACUUCACAUGAAGAAUGGCUCUGAAUGGUGAACAUUAGUCAUACUGUUUUACCUCUGAUCUGGCAAGUGGGCUUCCUGCAGACUUGGCCUUCAUGGCUAUUAGUGAAGAAGUGGGUCAUGAGAAGUCCUAGGACUCCUUCCUGCAAGGACGUGACAGCAAUUUGUUCUUCCUUUUCUUUUUCUGGCGGUUGGGUUUUCUUUCUUUUCUUUUUUUUUUUUUUUAGAGAAAUAUACACCUAUUUUGCCUCCCUAUCUCACAGGAGAUACAGCUGCACACCCAUGGGUAGUAUGAGAAAGAAGUUGCUGUAAGGAACCCUCACCAUGCCAACAGACCAUGGACCUUUCUGUGCAGUCUUUAUGCCUUUGUAUAAGAGGCAGUGACAGAGCUGGAAGAAGAACACAGCUUAGCUGAACCCUCUUCUGGGGUGUGCUGUCCCUCAUUAAUCAGUGUGGCUGUCCAGGUGUUAAAAUGCAUAGGUGAGCAUGAUGUAGACCUUUUGCCACAUUUGAUAUGAAUGUUGGUCUUUGUUAUGACAGAUAUGAAGAAAAAGCACAGGAAAUAUCCCUAUCCACUUAUGAAUGUCCUAAUUUCCCAGUUAUUUGCAGUUCUCUAUUUAGAUUGAGCCAAAUUCCUGAACCUGCAGCAGCACCUUGCUCCACUAGAUUUAGUAUUGUUUGUAGCUUAAAUGGAGCUCUGUGUGAGUUGCUAAGUGUGAAUGCUGAAAUCUGUGAGAUUUAAGGAUCAGAUGGAGAGAUACAUAGCAGGCCUUCACUAAGACAGAAAAUUCUAUUGAUCAGCAUUGGUUCUUUCUGCAAGUACAAAGUAUAAGCAGUUGCCUACGUGUGAUCUCUCUGAAGAGUGACUUGUCCACCCAGUGCUCUCUCUAGUAAUUAGUUAGAGAUUGUUCAAGGUUGUAUUAUAACAACAGAGAACAUAAUUUUGACUGUACAGUGCCAAGGUUGGCCUUGUAGAUGGUGGUGGUUUUCUGAUUUUGCUUCUGGUUCACAGUAAACAUUCUCAACUAGAAAUGUCAAGAACAUACGUCUGACUUAGUGCUGGAUUUCUUUCCCUCCUCUUUCCCACACCACCAUUUUCUUCCUUAAUUUCUGUUAACUGCAGGAUAGCAUAAACAUAUGGUGCUUAAUUGUGGUGUACGUAUGAUCACGUUUGGAGAGGAACAGUCAUAUGUAUUCAUAGCACAGAAAAAAAACCAUUAUCCUCAGAUAACAAAUUCAAUGCCUUUUUUUUGGUGCAAGGUGAUGUGCAGUAUGCCUUGAACUUAUGAGAAUUGUAAUGCAUCGACAUCGCUCAGCAGCACAUUUGAUUUCUUCGCAGUAAAGAAUGACAGGAAUUCCAGAAUGUGUCUGUGAACAUGUUAAUCACUUGUUCCCAGUAAGCAGCCAGGUUUCUGGUGACAUCCACACUCUACUGCUUAUUGUGUAAACAAAAGCCAGUUCACCAAAAACUCUUGCCUUUAUAGACUCAUAGGGAAGUGACUAAAUACAGGACUCAGGCCUCUACUGCCUUAUCCGCUGUAGCAAUUCAUGCUUAUACCAGGAGUACAUAGCGUAGCUGGGAGGUGCUCUGAGAACAGCAUGGAAGCAUUUGGCAUCAACUUCUGCAUAUCCAAGAUUUUGAUGACACGAAGCAGUCAGAGAGCAGGAGAUAACGGCGCUAACCCUAACCUUGUGCUGCCCUUGGAGCUCUUGAGGCCAAGGUUUCUCUGCACUGCACAGAAGUUGUCUUGAAAACUGCCCCUCUUCAUCCCCACAUGGAGAGUGCAGUAUGAAGGAGCAACCAGAAAUUAGGUUAAAAUACCACACUGCACAGCACAUUAUACAACAGGCAGAAAUGGAGUUUAUCUGGUGUUGAUGACGUCCUGUAUUAGCAGAAUACCAUCUCGUGUUAUGUAAUGCAAUGCAUUGUUUUGUUAGUAUGAAUUUCCUGUACUUUUAUGCCUGCUGAAAUGCAUGUUUGACCUAUUUUCUGAUCCAGCCAUUUACCUGCUUACGGCCUUGUGUAAGAGCAAUAAGGGAAACCUCAAGAUUUGUGUCUGCGUGUGCGGUGUGUACAUUAAUUCCUUCUUUUUAACAGAAAUUCAAGAGAUGUUUUUGUUCUGGCUUUAGACUGUGACUCUCAUUUUAAAGUUGCAGCUGCCACGUCGUGUCGGAUCACCUCAAGUAUCUGCUGACUUAUAAGAAGAGAACUGAAUAGUUUGUUGUCACGUGCAGGGUUAAAAAUGCUUCUCAAGUGUGUCAGUAGUCAUCCCGCGUUCCACGGUCCAAUUCCUGGCAUUGAAAAGUACUGCUAUAAACAGAGUUUGGAUCAGUUUUGUUCUUUUUUGGUUUUUAAAAAAGCAUUCUUGUCUUUGUAUGUUAUUUUUUCUGUGGGAGACAUUUGGACUUGUGUGAAAAUCAUUGAGUUCUGGGCUAAUUUUUGUUGCCUGCUGUCCAGUAAGAAGUCAAAGUCACUGCUGAGUUCCACCAAACAAAAAAGAGACUUAACUGUGACUCCAGUGCUGUCUGAGCGGCCAAAAAUUAUACAGAAAGUGGUUGUGGGAAAUUACAAAUGCAUUUUUUAGAACAAAUUACUCUGUGAAUGUGUAUUUAAUGGCUUGUUUAGUGGGAAGAAUAUGUGCGUUGGGGUCCAACUUCUUUGUUAUCCCAGAAGACCCCGACUUCCAUUUUUGGCUUGUGCUUUCCUGGCAAACAGACUUUAGGAUUCACUCUGUGAAAUUUGGUUCAGUGAAUUUUAAAAAUUCAAAAUAUGCAAUUUUGGUAUGUGGGAUUUCUUUUAGGAAAUUGUGCUCAGUAAUUCUUCAUGCUUAACCACGAUGUAAAGGAGUCUGAAUGUUUUGUGAACAUGGAGCAAUCAUGAGCCCAAAGUUUCAUCUUUAUUAAUGAAGCUCUGUCUGAAUAAAACAUUAACAGGAAAAGAAUGAUAUUGAAUGAAUUAUGGUACCUCUGUUACUUUGCUAUCAAAGAGCGUGGAUGGGAAUUUGGCAGAGUUGCUGGUUUUUUUUAUGAGGGGUUGGCUGAAAUUCGAGUCUUAGUGUUUUAAGGCGAAGUGUUAAGUGUGGGUUGUAGUAAAUGAUAAAAGGAGUUUCACAUAUAAUUACCACGGAAUAUGAAAUUAGAGCUGAAGACUACUCAGCCAUGCAACAGAUUUUUCUAUCUGAUUAAUCAGAUGAUUUAAAAGUAUUAAGUACACUUCGUGCUCAUGGGAGUGAGGGGCUGUUGGCCUUGACUUGACAUGCAUUGCACUGAUGGGGACCUGGCUCUGCCCUCCCAGUCAUAGUAAUGCCGUGAGCCAUGAGCCCUGGGCCACCUUUGUCAUAGGUCUUCUGAAACAAGGGUGGCUGACUUUGGACUGGUUUUGGUACGUUCAUGAUGGAGCUAAAAUGAAAGAAAAAAAAUAAUACCCAAUUUCCUUAUCCUAGUUGCACAUAUAGCGUGGCUUGAGAUUCGUCCUUUUCCAGACUUCUUCUGUGCUUGGAUGAAGGCAAAGCAGGGAUGGAGGGAAGAAGAGAUUGCAUGGGAACAAAUGAGUUCUGGUGUCAUCCAGGAGGCUGUUGAAGUAUCAGCUGGCCCUGGAGGCAACGUUUUUGUGCCUGAGCUUCAGCAGGGUGAGAUGGCCUGGCAGUGCUGCAGUGGAUUUACAGCACGUUUUAGUGACCUUUCCCAUGCUGUGUGCUGUCCGUGGGCUUGACAGCUGGGGCUGUUCUGUUCUUUGUCACUUUGCCUCUUGCAUGCCUGUGUCAACAAACAAAGCUGCUUGCUUCAUCCUCAAGUUGAAUGAUUUUGCAGACGUUUCUGAAGUUGCCCUGAGCAUCUUUAAUGAAAAAAAUUACCUUCAAAGUUCAGUGAAAUUUAAGGCUUAAUAAAUGCAUUCUUGUUUUUCAA